CGGUGACACUUCAGCCUCCGGAAGCCUCUGUCAGCUCAGCCUCCAAGGAGCCUCUCCUCCUUCUCCUGCCAUCCCAGACCAGCCUGCCAGCCACCAUGAGGGCUCCCUACUUGCUGCUGCUGACUUUCUGCCUCCUCUUCUCCCAAGUGUCCUCAGGUGUCAGCUAUCUGACGGCUCUCGGCCACAGGUCUGACCACUACAUCUGUGCCAGGAAUGGUGGCACCUGUCACUACUCUUCGUGCCCUCUCUUCACCAAGAUUGAAGGCACCUGUUACGGCGGGAAGGCCAAGUGCUGCCUCUGAGCUGGGAGCGAUGGGAGAAAGAAGACAGAAGCCAAAUGAAGUAUUUGUAAUCAUUGUUUUAAUAAAAGACAGCUUUUUUUGAAGUAUA